UCUACCUUCCUUCUUCCUCUCUCUAAGAACCAUAUGGAACCUCUUUCUCUCUCUAAACCUUCUCCCUCUAAAAACCCUCUGAAGUUUCUCUCUCCAAAAUCCUUUUAAACAUUUGGCCACCAUUUCUGCAGAGAGAAGAAGCAGGCGAAAUCGAGAGGACAUUUGCAACUUAGAGAAGCUCUGUUUUGGGAUUCAUCACGCCAGAACGAAGUUCGUUUUUAUUAUACGUAUUUUUUGCUUUUAUAGGGUUUCUUGCUGUUCCCUUUCUCCCUGGUUUUCAUGAAUCUUAGUAUUGGCAACUCUCUCGUUUAGGUAUUAUUAUUAUUAUUAUUUUAAAUUUGUACUCAGUUUUUUUUUCUCUUUUUGUUGUUUGUUUCUCUUUCUCCCUGGUUUUUUUCUCUUUUUGUUGUUUUUUUCUCUUUAUGAUAUACGAAGAACCAGAAAUUUACUAGAGCGGAUUUUUUUGUGAAAUGAACGCUUAAAUCAUGGUUUUUAAUACUUCUAUAAUUGUUUUUUGUGAUUUUUUGAAGUCUCUGUGUUCGUUAGGGCUUGAUUAGGAUUAAUUUUAAGUAUAAUAUUAGAAUUUAUUUUCAUGAAUUCAGGGUUUUGUUUCACAGAAAAUAUAACAUUAAGUAGGUUUCUUGAGUUAUAAUAUGGUGCAUUUUAGGGAGAAAUGUAACUUUGGCCCAUUUUCGAUGUCACAUCGAGGAAAAGAUAAACUUAUUGUAGUACUGGAUAUAAAAUAUGGAUAAACGAUUAUUUUGUUGAUAAGAGAGAAUCUUUCGGGUUCUGAUUCCAUUUAUACUUUUUAUGUCUUAUUUGAUUUUCCAGAAGUUUUUAUUGAGGAAAAUUUUCCAGAAGUUUUGGCUAAUUUAUUUUUGUUUUAUUGGUGGUGAAUGCUUUUCUCUUAAUAAUUGCCUUGAUACUUGAACUUCUGUGUGCAUGACGUAGACUAAAUCAUAGAUCUUUUAAUGCUUGGAUAUUUGAAUAAAUCAUAGACCUUUUUGUGCUUGGUUAUGUGCUCUGAUAGGAAAAUUUGGAACUUCAUUAGUUAUGUAUCAAUUGUGAUGAAUUUAAUGCUUUACAGUUCACGCUACUAUUCUUUUCAUGUUUAAUACUGGUUUGAAGGCUUGAUUGCUGUUUGCACUGGCACGUAAAUUGUGUGUGCUGAAAAUUGUACGUUUCAAUGGUUUUGGGGUCAUGGAAAUCGAUAAAAUACUAGGAUUAUUUGCUAUAGGUAUGUUUCUCUUUAGGAGAAUAUAAUUCGAAGCUACAUAACUCGUAACAGUGUGAAGGCAUGGGUUUUUCUACCCAGGAAGUUAUUUUCAUGAUAGCACCAAUUUCGUUGGCUGUUUCCAACAUGUGAAAUUGUGCUCAACAUUUGAGGAUCUGCGAACUAAAAAUUAUGUGGUACCAUUUGUAGCACUUCUUAGGCAGAGUGGCUGUCAUGGCUGUAUUGGAAUAACUCAGGUGUGUGGGUUGGAUUGGGUUGGUGCUUGAAUGGAGAUAUCACAUUAGUUGAGUAUCUGUGGGAGGGAUUACUAUUAAAUAAAGUGGUUCCGUGGACAGGAAACACAAUGAUUCAUGGUGAAUGGGAGUCCUUAAAAGUCUUUGUGAGGGUGAGAUGUUGAGGCCAGUUUGCAUGCUCUUUGUAACUGUAUUCAUGAACGGGAAACUCAUGAAUGUGGGUUGAACUUGUUUUGAAUGGUCAGGGGAAAGGGAUUCUCCUAUCUAGUGAAGAGCAACGGGACGUACUGAUAAAUAGCUAGACAGCAUCAAAUGGUGCUUGUUACUAUUCAUCAAUGAUGGGACUUGAAGAUGGGACUCAUUCAUGAAUAACUGGUAUGUCCAAACUGAUCCUAAGAUUAUCUGAUGGUUGGCUUUCUCGUGUGGAGAUGGCUGCUCUCUGUGGAGGAGAUGGUUGCUUUUAGACAUGAGCAGAUGAUGGUAAUAGGAUUACUGGAUAACAGUACAGUAAAUUUAAAUGCAAUGGUGGAGAUUGAUGCUUUUCAAAGCUUCGUUUGCUAGAGACAAGAUUCAGUGGGAACCCUUUGCACUGUUGGUUCAUCUUAUUCCUGAUCCAUAGUUUUUAUGAAGUUCUGCAGUGGAUAUGACCGGUUAUUUGUUGAUUUCAUGUUGAGCGUUUGAGCUUACCUCAGCUCUGAGGUUCAGGUGAGUCUGAUUUGCUCUCUGUCUUUCUGUUUCACUUAUGGGGUGUUACAUGAAAUUCAUUGCUUUGGGAUUUGGUCCAUGCUGCGUAUGGUGAGAAUGACAAGAGAGAUAUAAUGAAACUUGAUUACUUGGGUUUUUAACAAGAAAUGUUACAGGAGGUCAGCUGCUGCGGACUGUACAUGCUUAGUCUAGAUUUCCCUGGUAAUGGUCAAAAUUCAGUAAAUAGUUUCAAGGUGAAAUAUUUAUGAGAUCACAGUUUACAAUCUCCAGAGAUUUGGAAGUGGUGGGUAGUGUAGGGAUGAGAAGUCUGUUGAAGCUUGAAGGGUGAGAGAAGCAGUUUACCCUGAAGCUAAUUUCACAUUUAUGGUAGGUUGAAGUUUGACCUGGUUUUGGGUGGGUUUAAAAAGGUUUAGAUAAGAUUGGUAUGAUAUAGCAUAUUUGGGAGACCGUACAAAGACAACACUUUCACUGGAGCAGAUUUUCAUUCCUUGCUGAUGGGACAGGCUUGAGGUUUUUGUGAGGUUAGAAACGGGGCCUCAAGUCACCCAAUGGGACUACAUUUUCAAUGUAAAAGGGUGGUUUAGCGAGAUUUGCCGUGUGCCAAGAGGCUUUGUAAGAUCAUGGAGACUUGUGAGAGUUUUGAAGCUAACAGAUUUACCUUUCAUCAUUUGUCUAGGGGGGCUAAUUUAAACUGGGGUGCUAUUAGUCAUAUGGUGAUCAUUGGGACUCAUUCUUGGCUUGUUUCCUUUUUAAAACUUGUGCUUUUAAUGACAUCUUACUUCACAAGAGAAUAUUGGAGAGAGUUCUGAGUUGCAUGGUGUUGCCUUUUUCCUGGCAUUAUUUGAGAGAAGCAGAAAAAACUCUGUGGUCUAUUUAUUCAUUGAUGUAUGGUUCAGAGUUGUGAUUGCUUGUGUGACUAUGCUUCCUGGUUACUAUGUUAUUCCAUUACUGUUGGAGUAAAAUUUGAUGUGGACUAAUGUGAAGUGGCAAGUGAUUCAUGGCCAAGUGUUUUGAAAAUGUAUGUAAGAAUAGGCUGUUGAGUAUUUUUAAAAUCAAUUAAUUAUAGGAAGCUGUUACAAACCUUGUUAAGGACAAAACAGGCAGAACUUAUGAACUACUUUAUUUAUGAGAGAUAUGAUCUUGUACCCCCUAUAUUUGGUUUAGAAAUGAGAAGGUUCCCUGUAAUAAUAUAGCUUAACAUUGUUUGGAUUAUUAAACUGUCAUUUUUUUGGAUUAGAAACUGGGAUACUUUAUAAAUUUUCUUAUGUUGGUGAAAUUAAGUCUAGAUGAGAUAAAUAUUGUUCAAAAUUUGAUGGCUACUGACUCUUGCAGUCGCUUAACUUUGUUCAAGAAUGUAAAUCCCAUCUUUCCUUUUAGACACUAAAGGAGGGAGUCAUAGUUGUUACAACUUUGAUGUACAUGAGUAUACUGAUUGCGAGAGGAAAUCGUGACACGUUCUUGUUUUGUCAUUUGUGGUUGAGGAGGCUUACAAUCUCUUGAAAAUGUUAGGUUUUUCGGUCAUGUUCACAAAAUACUUUGCCAUCUUGAAUACAGGAACUUUGACAUGUGUGCUAUUUAAUUUGAUGAGUGGGCUGAUUGUACUGAAACACAUGACAAUCGAAAAUCUCAGUUAAAGAAAGUCAUGUUCAUUAAUUCACAAACUUAGCACCUAUCUCUCUAUUCUUUGUCGCCCUUAAACAAAUGACUGCUUUAAUUGAUGAGCAAGAUACAUACCAUUAUUGGGUUGCUAGACUCUUGAGUUAUUCGACUGACAUGAGCAACCUCUAGUCUCUUGAGCAAUAAGCAAAAAGCUAGAUGACCCCGGAGUAAGAAUGACCAAUUAUGGUCUUAAGUUACUGGAAUCCAAGGUGCAGAUGUUUGGUCAAAAAGCAAAAAAAUUACUGCAGGAUUCAUCCUGGCAAUUGGUGAAUUGCUUUCUAAGCUAUUCAGGUAAAAAAAGAAAAAAAAAAGAAAAAAGAAGAGAGAUUUAGCACAUGCACAGACUUCCAGUAUAUCGACAAGGACUGGAAGUUCCAUACUGCAUAGCUUUAUUUUCGAGGAUCACGAACAACGUUUCAAGCAUGGUGUUAAGGUAUGGAUGGUGGCCCAUGAGCACCUUGCUGGUGUUCAAUGGAAGCUCCCCGAGCUCUUAUUUAUAAGUGUUUUUUAGUUUGCGUGUGCUUUUCCUCUUUUCAUGUGCUUGAUGUUGUGAUGUACUGCCUUUUACCAGAAAUGAGGCGAUUCUGUUGCUGCUUUUAACAAGUGAUCAGCUGAUCAUGCUGCAAAAAUUCAUUGCUUGUGACAACUGGAGAUUCAAGAACUCUCAAUACCUCAUCAUGUCUAUGAUGGGGGUUAUUAUAGCUCUGCUUAUUCUGAUGAAUUCUUCUUUGGAGUUUUGCUGAAUGGAGCUGUUCAGCCUUGCUUGGAUUGUAUGCUUGCUGAUUUGAAUUGAUCUUCACCAAUACUCGAGAGGCAGCACUUUGGGUGUUUGCAUGGGUUGCUCAGGUGUUGACUACAUGUUUUAUGUCUUUGGAACUGGAAAACUGAUGUUGUGCCUUUCUCAGGUGUUGCUUAAUACUUUACGUGGCCAUAUUUGUCUAGUAACUUUCAUUGAAAGUGCUCAACGUAUUGAAAAUGGAGACUGUCGGGAAAUUUUCGGUACCCCUUGGACAUGAUGAGUCUUGGAAACAUGAGGCAACUUGUGAAGUGAUGCAAGGAAACAAUAGCAGCACAUGUACUAAAGAAUCCAGGGCAGAACGUAUUGCUACUCUUCAAACAAGGGAGGAAGACGCAAACAUCCAGUACGUUGAUAUACUUGAGCGGGGAUUCACGCAAUAUGGGUUCAUCAACGACUCCGAUAUACCUGAGCGGGGAUUCAUGCAAUAUGGAUGUUCACAUUACCGGCGGAGGUGUCGUAUUAGAGCUCCAUGUUGUAACAAGAUUUUUGAUUGCAGGCAUUGCCAUAAUGAGGCAAUGAAUUCCAUUGAUGUUGAAAAAAUGCAGAGGCAUGACCUUCCUCGUCAUCAAGUGCGAAAGGUCAUCUGUUCCUUAUGCAACACUGAACAAGAUGUCCGGCAAGUUUGUAUUAACUGUGGAGUUUGCAUGGGAAAAUACUUCUGUGAGACCUGCAAACUCUUUGAUGAUGAUUUAUCUAAGAACCAGUAUCACUGUAAUGGUUGUGGAAUUUGCAGAACGGGUGGGCGUGAUAAUUUCUUCCACUGCUACAAAUGUGGUUGCUGCUACUCUGUCAUGUUGAAGACCUACCAUCCCUGUGUGGAGAGGGCAAUGCAUCACGAUUGCCCCGUUUGCUUUGAAUAUCUAUUCGAAUCUACAAAUGACAUCACUGUCCUGCCAUGUGGGCAUACCAUUCACGUGGAUUGCUUGAAAGAAAUGAGAGAUCAUUUGCAGUUCUUUUGCCCACUCUGCUCAAAGUCUGUAUGUGAUAUGUCCAAAGUUUGGGAGAAGCUUGAUAUGGAGAUUGCUGCAACACCCAUGCCUGAAUCUUAUCAAAACAAAAUGGUAUGGAUACUCUGCAAUGACUGUGGGGAAACAUCCCAAGUUCAGUUCCAUAUCGUGGCUCAGAAAUGCCUCAGCUGCAAAUCUUACAACACUCGUGUAACCAGAGGAGACCACACCACCCCAACUGCCUCCGCACCCGAAUGACCUCUCACGCCCCCUCUCUUGUCAGUGCUGGUCCUGCCGUCAGAUGUAAUUUUUUUUUUAUUUGUUUCCCUCCUCUAUUUAUUGAGAAAUGCAAAUUGCAAACAAGAGUUUUGCAGACUGGGUGUCAUUUGUCACCUGCUGUGAGGCUUUCAAUGGCAAUGAAAAUCUGCUUUCUUUGUUAUUC